CUCUGAAACUAGUUAUUUCUCGCAUAAUCCCUUUCUCUUAUUACCUCGCCGUUAAAAUGAACGACGACAGUCGACAGCCGCGCGUCGCCGGACUCCGGCCGCUGGAGUUACCUCUAGACCCGAUGGAAUUCCUAGCUCGCUCUUGGAGUGUCUCUGCUCUUGAAGCAUCCAGAGCUGUUUCUCCUUCAGUUCCGCAGCCACCAUUGGCUUCCAGCGGAAUUAUAACGGAGGAAGCUAUUGGAGAGCAUGAAGAGGAGGCAGCUCCGAAUCUGGCAGCCAUCGCCGGAAACCCCUUCUCCUUCGCCUCAGCUGCCACUUCGCAGCUUGUUCUAGAGCGAAUAAUGUCUCAGUCGCAAGAAGUUUCCCCUCUGACCUCCGGCCGUCUCUCCCACAGCAGCGGCCCACUCAACGGCGGCCAGAGCGGCGGUUCAUCUCACAGCCCGCCGGUCUCCCCUUCCGAUCGGGAUGACGUCAAGUACGCUCGAGCAAUCAGCUCGGCGGCCAAGCCGCUGCACAUGCGUCCGGCCUCUGCCGGCGGACGAACUGUCGGAAGAUGGCUGAAGGAUCGACGGGAGAAAAAGAAAGAAGAAGCUCGCGCACAUAACGCGCAGCUGCACGCAGCGAUUUCCGUCGCCGGAGUUGCGGCGGCGGUGGUGGGGAUUGAAGGGGCUUUAUUAGCGUCUGAUCGGCACGUGCGCGCUGCUCGCACGGAUAUGGCCAUCGCUUCUGCUGCAACUCUUGUGGCUGCCCAAUGUGUCGACGCGGCCGAAGCCAUGGGUGCUGAACGCGACCAACUCUUAGGUGUGAUUAGCUCCGCCGUCAACGUCCGCACCCCCGGCGACAUCGUUACUUUGACGGCAGCCGCCGCAACUGCUUUGAGGGCAGCGGCGACCCUCAGGGCGAGGACGCUGAGGGAGGCUUGGAACAUAGCGGCUGUGAUUCCGUUGGAGAAGGGAGGUGUUUGUUCUCCAAUUGAUCAGAAUAUCCGGGUUCAGAAGCAGCAGAAGAGCCCUACUGCUGGUCCUGUAACCAUUACUUCUGGUUCGAGCAAUGAACUUCCACCCACGGAAGGUCUCUUGGGGAUUUAUAGCCUGGAGUUUCUUGCCCGUGGAGCCGAGCUACUAAAACGUACCAGGAAAGGUUCUCUUCACUGGAAGUUAGUUUCGGCUUAUAUCAAUAGGAUGAACCAGGUGAUGCUGAAGAUGAAGAGCAAGCACAUUGCUGGGACUAUAACCAAGAAGAAAAAAAGCGUGGUUGUAGAGGUGUGCAAGGAGGUGGCGGCAUGGCCUGGCCGGCACCUCCUCGAAGGCGGCGGGCAGCACUGCUACUUUGGGUUGAGGACAGCGGAGGGCCGAGUUAUAGAAUUCGAGUGCAGGAGCCAGAGCGAGCAUCAGAUCUGGACUCAGGGUGUCGCUCGCCUCCUCGACAUCUCUAUUCAGGGGAGGCAUUGAACUUCGCAUAACAGCUAGCUAAAGAUCUGUAGGAGAAGGAUUAAUGGCAGCCUGUGUUUUAUGUUUCAGAAGUUUUGAUGAGAACUGCUUGUUAUAUGUAUCAGCACACAUGGAAUUGGGUUUGGUAUAAUAUAACAUGUAAGUAGUUUUUACUACUACUGCUUAAGAAGUUCUUUCAUGGCAUGAUAAGUUGAUUUGUUUCU